UACUAUAUAUCAAAUUCCAACAAAAAUCAUCAUGAAUAUCUGUUUUGUUUUCUUCCAAAAUAUAGAACCGUUUUUGUUCUGGAUUUCCAAAUAUUUAGCAGCUGAUAUCCAACAAACCUAUAUAUAUCUAAGCCAAGAUUCUUUGCGGAUGAGAAAAAGCAGAUUCAAGAAAGAAGGAAUGGAUCAAGUGCAAUUCGCGGAUGGAUUAGUGAAAGAAUUCCUGGUGUACAGAGGAUUCACCAGCACGCUGCAAGCCUUCGAGAAAGACUUAGCAACUGAUAUUGUUGGCAAAGGAUUUCAAGUCGACGACAUUAUGAACCUAAUUUUCGGCGUCUACGUCCCCCAAUACGAGGCUGCCAAGUUGAUCGAUCUGCUAAUCUUUUUCAGCUCUUUCACAAAUUCGGAUCAGAAAUGGAUUGAUAUGGCUGCGAAAUUGCAGCAGUCAGUCUUGCGCUAUUACGUUGUUUAUUGCUUAAAACAUGAGAAGAGAGACGCAGUGCUGGAGCUGUUCGAAAUUCAUGGGAAAGGUCUCGUGCGGAUUGAUCCGAGUUGGUGUAAUUGGUUCUCGCUUCCGUAUUUGCCAAAUCCGCAUUUGGAUUCACGGUUUAACAACUUCUUUUCGGAUGAGUGGUUCCAAACGUUGUACAUUUCUCUUAGGACUUUCUUGAGUAUAAUGCUCACUGGACCUCAUAUCCUUAAUCAAUAGAUUGAAUGCAGCUAGUGUUUCUUGACUUUCAAUGUAGCAAUGCCGUGUAAAUAACUGCUUCUGUGUUGUAAUUGUAAACAAUAGGCAUACCAGCUUUGAAAAAGAUUGAUGUGUAUAUGCAUAUAUUCAAGUUAUUUGUUAUGUUUCC